AUGGCGUGCUCCUGUCCGAGUUUACUUGGUUUGUUUGCUAGUUUUUUACUCUUAGGUGUGGUGGAAGCCCGUUAUUGCUAUUACUACUCCUACUCGACUUACUACAGUUACUACUGCUCUUACUAUUAUUAUGUACCCGUUGGUACCAUCGUGGGAGCUGUGAUUGGAACAUUGAUUGGCAUAGCAACACUCAUUGGACUAUUGGUCUUCUUCUGCUGCAUCAGACCACGCCGUCUGGCGGCUAGGGGGACAGUACUCCAACCAGGAGGAUCUAAUGUAGCCGUCGUUUCCACAACAACUGGAGGUGUGCAAUAUGGAGGUGGUUUUGUCAACACAGCUGCAUACCCUCCUGGGACUCAGGCCGCUUACCCACAGUAUGCACAUCCCCCACAACAGCAAGCCCCUCCUACCGGUUACCAACCUCCUCCGGCCUACAAGUAAACUUCAAAGUGGACGAGUUCUUUUCACUCUCAACAAUGUCUUACAACUUUAAACUAUUGCAUUUUCAAAAGUAUUUUCAUAUGAACAUUAUCAAGUAUUAAUUCGGCUCCCAUGUCUGUUGUUAAGGGCCUUUUUUAGUGAAAAGGCAAUGAGAUGAAAUGCAGAAGUUAAAUUGAACCUGAUGUGUAGAAAUAUGCAUUUUCUUGUGCUUCUUCCUUAAACGUGUGAAAAUAUCGAACAAACCAUUACGUUUUAAAAAUAUUUAAUUUGUUCCUAGAAUUUUGCUAUAAGCAUGUAAUGUUGAUUUUUUAAAAAUUUAAAUCAACAGUUUUCAAAACAGUAAACACAAUACUCAAUACAUGUGUAAAAAAGUAUUGAUUCAU